AUGCCCGCCCACCACAACCUUACGAUCCGCAUCCCGCUACCCAGCAUGCUCCCGGCGGAAGCUGUCGUCGAAAUGCUGCAGUCCCAAUCACCCGUCAUCCGCCAUCAGCCGCUGGUGACGCGGUAUGAGAAGGUGCCCGUCCCGCUCAAGAGCGUCGUCGACGACGAGUGGUUUCUCGAGACGGGCUUCAAGAUCACCUCGUACAAGAUCUACGAGAAGGUCACCGUCGCCCCCGGCGUCAAGAAGGAGAUCAACUUCCCCGCGGUGCUGCAGAACAUCCCCAACGGACUGCGCUCGCGGGCCAAGGCCCCCGCCGGCGUCCGCGUCUGGUCCGAGUGGCUCGUCGUGCCGCGGUCCGAGGAGCGGUGGCCCGGCGAGCACAGCGCCGGGAAGCUCGGCGGCUACGUCGAGGGGGACUACGAGCUCGUCGAGACCACACGGGUCGAGACGAGCCGGAUGCUGAUGCCCCUCGUCAAGGGGCAGAUGGAGACCGCACAUCGCAACAUGGUGAACAAGAUGCUCGACGAGGUUGCGCAAAGGGUCGGUCGGGCCAAGACGUAG